AUGAAAAGAAUCGAGAACGAGUUUGGGGUAUCAAAAGCAUUACCAAAUGAAACUAAUGGUGGAAGGGUGGAUGUAGUGGUGGCUAAACACGGGUCAGGGGACUACAAGACGAUCCAAGAAGCUGUUGAUGGUGCGGGAAAGAGAACAAAAACAAGCCGUAGAUACGUUAUACGUGUGAAACAAGGCACUUACGAGGAAUAUGUGAUUGUCGGAAGCCAAUCAAACAACAUCAUGAUCAUCGGCGACGGUAUGGGCAAGACCGUAAUCACCGGCGACAGAAGCAACGACACCAAAUUUACUACUUUCGAAUCCGCCACCUUUUUGGCUAAGGGGGACGGUUUGGUGCUGAAAAACAUGACAAUAAGAAACACUGCAGGACCGGAGAACAAACAGGCGGUGGCUCUACGUUCGGAUUCGGACGCGUCAGCGUUUCACAAAUGCAGCUUCGAAGGGUUCCAGGAUACACUCUACCUCCGCGAUAGCCGUCAAUUCUUCAAACAGUGCGAUAUCUACGGAACCGUGGCCUUCAUAUGCGGUGACGCAAAGAGUGUCAGAUAUUCGCACGGAGACCACCCGGCUGAGUUAACACGAUCACGGCACAAAAGCGGGUCAACAAGAAUGAUACGAGUGGGUUCGUGA